GGGAUAUCAAACAUUUCUCAUCAAAUGAUCUGAGUUGUUUCAAAUUCAAUUUUAUAGCUCUAGACUCUUCACGCUCCAAGACUAAGAGCAAAUCAAGCAUGAUGCACGUUCAGUUUGAUUGACAUAAAUAUCACACAAAUUGCAGAAAAAACCCAAAAUGGAUACGUAUGCAAUUUAUUUUCACAAAUGAAAGUUUCCAAGACCAGAAUUGAAAAUUUUACUGUGAUUUUUUCUUUACAUUUACAUUUACUUUAUUAUCUGUCAUUUAAAGAACAGAUGUAUCACAUUAAAGGGAUCGAAAAAAUGAAUAUUCUGUCAUUUAGUCUCCCUCAAGUUGUUCCAAACCUGUAUGAGUUUCUUUCUUCUGCUGAACACAAAAGAAGAUAUGUUUGUAGCACAAACACUUGAUGGACCCCAUUGACUUCCAUAGUAUGGAAAAUAAAAUACUAUGUCAAAGUCAGGGUUUGGUUCCCGACAUUCUUCAAAAUAUCGAAAUAAUUCAUACAGGAUUGGAACAACUUGAGGGCGAGUAAAUUAUGGUUUUUGGAUGAAAGUAAACGCUUCUAGGUUUGCUGGAUUAAGAAACACAAUCACACAUUAGAAUCAGGUCAGAUGGAUUAAUGUUUAACCCCAGAUAUCAUCUUAAUCAGAGUGCAGUUUCACUAAAACAGAUCCGUGUUGAUGUUUACAUGCGCUUCACGAGACUCACCUGGAGAAGCUCUUCUUUAAAGGCUUUUUCUUUCAUUUCUUGGCAUGAGAACUUGCAGUCGUGUUUUUGAGAGGUCUGAUAAACGUUAAACAUGAGGAGGAAGAAUGAAUUUAAUUCUCAAGGGACGCACUGUGUGUGUGUGUGACCCGGCUCACUUCCCCUUCAUGCCCCUGUGUGCUGGCGCUGUGGGCGGCGGAGUGAAGCGCUCGAGGCUCCUGGCAUGGGCAGCGUAGGGAGCGGGGCCUCCAGUCAGCGGCCCAUCACGAUGCGCAGCGUGGGCACCCGCACCACCCCUAACGGCCCCCUGGCGGCCGCACCGCCUCCUGCCACAGCCCGCCGCCGCCUGGACGACCGCAGCUUCAGCGCCGACCGCAUCCCCGGCCCGAGCACCAAGACCAAGGGCGUCUCGGCCGACGAGAGGGAUUACGCUCGCAAUCACGCCGCGCCGCACAACAGCAACCGGCAGCAGACGGUCAACGGCGAGAGGCUGGUGACCAACGCGGUGUUCGCCAACGGGGCGCGGAGGGAGGGACACCGGCGCGGAGAGAGUCUGGACUUGUGCGGGAACAACAUCGUGCUGAAUAACGACAAGAACGGCAGCCAUCAAGCUCCGCCGCAGCACAAGGACAAGAGCAAAGCCAAACCCGAUAAUCACAACCCGCCCAACAUCCUGCCCGUCUCUGGAAAACUCGAGCAUGCACAGACCAACGACUCUCUGGUGCGUCCGUCAGCCUUCAAACCCGUGGUGCCCAAGAGCUUUCACUCCAUGCAGAACCUGGUGUGUCCGCUUCAGACCAGCUCAGGAACAGCCGCGGGUCCGGGCGGUGGCGGCGGCGGUGGCAGCGGAGGUGACAAGGGGGGUCCGAACACGUCCGGGCCACAGUGGGACCAGGACAGUCCCGGCAGCAGAGGGACACACGCAGGCGCGGGCCGGGCCGGGCAGGGCAGUCUGUCGGACUCCGGGAGGAACUCUCUGACCAGCCUGCCCACCUACACGGGCUCAAGCUACGGGCCGCCUCCCGCGCUCGGACCCCUCAGUGCCUCCACCAGCCACAUCAACCGGCUGGGCACCGUCGCCCUGGACAAGCUGGACAAGCCGGGCUACCAGAACGGCCUCAGCGCCUCCGACAGCGGCCGCUCCUCCUCAGGCAAGAGUUCGUCCUCGUACCAGCGCCUCAGUCACCUGAGCGACGCUCCCGCGCCCCUGCGACCGUCCCCGUCCUCCGACGAUGUUAUUCAGGACCUGGAGGACCGUCUGUGGGAGAGAGAACAAGAAGUAAGUAAGGUGAUUCACAUGCGACGUAACCUGGACCAGAGCGAGGCCGCCAUCGUGCAGGUGUUCGAGGAGAAGCAGCGCGUGUGGGAGCGCGAAAUGGAGGAUCUAAGGCAGAACUAUGCCGGGCGGCUGCAGCAGGUGACCCGACGGGCCCAGCGCUCCCAGCAGGCCCUGCAGGCCCAGAUCAGCCGCCUGCAGCAGGACAAACGCCGGCUGCAGGACGAGAUGACGCUGCUGCUCGCCCAGAGAGAAGAGCUGGAGAAGAAGUGCUUGGACUUCAGGAAGGAGCAGGCCGAUAUCCUGCCCAGACUGGAGGAGACCAAGUGGGAGGUGUGUCAGAAGGCGGGCGAGAUCUCUCUGCUGAAGCAGCAGCUGCGGGAGAGUCAGGGCGAGGUGACGCAGCGCGCCGGAGAGAUGGUGGCACUGCGAGGCCAGCUGAAAGAUCUCAACGGUCAGCUGAGAGAGAGAGAGGAGGCCGAGAUCAGCCUCAAAGAGUCCUUCUGCACCAAGACCCUGGAGCUGGAGCGCUGCGAGGCCGAACUGCAGACCAUGCUGGCAGAGGUCACAGUGCUGCGGGACAAGCUAAGCGCAUUUGAGACGGAGGUCACACGUCUGAAAAAGGCCCUCAGUGAACUCAGCAGCAGCUCCAGUCGUGCCAGCGAGCCCAGCCUGUCUGAUAUGGGGCAACUGGUGGCGUCCCGGAGCCGAGAGCAUCUUCUGUCCCCUCCGGAGACGCCCACGUCCCUCCCGGCCCUCCCGGCGCCCGAUCGCCUGCUCACGCUGCAGAGCGACGACUCCAAGGUCCAGUGGCAGGAGUCGGGUGACCUGCGGCGGCAGUUGGAACGUCUGCAGGGCGAGCUGCGUCUGGAGCGGCAGCAGCGUGAGCGACAAGCGCUCACUUUCGCCCAGGAGCGCCAAACCUGGCAGGACGAAAAAGAGCGUGUGCUGAAGUACCAGGCGCAGCUGCAGCUCAGCUACGUGGAGAUGCUGCAGAAGAACCAGGCGCUGGAGGAGCGUGUGGACAAGAUGGGAGCCCAGAUGUCCACGCCGGCUCUGGCCUUGCCGGAAGCGCCCGUUUCCGUGUCCAUAUCGCUCACCUCUCCGACCCCGCCGGUGGAGGAGAAGAAGCUGCCGGAGCUGCACCAACUCGCCCCGCCGUGGCCGGUUCCGACCCGGCUGGAGAGGAUCGAGUCGACCGAGAUCUGACUAAAACCCGUAAAGCCCCGAUUACAAUAGCAUUCAGUACAAUCCAAAAACUAAACCGCUUCCGAGGACUGUCCAAGGAUGCCCUGCUUGUCUAGGGCGGGUGUUUGGGUUGAGGGCAGGUAGUUAUGAGCCUUAUCAGCUGGUCGAGGGCUGGUUAGUGCAGAUGAGCUGGCCGCAAGUCAGUAGCCGAGAGGAAACUUAGCACUCAGGGGUUUAAGGGGGAACAGGCGUAAACAAUUCAGACUCUCUUUUUACUGGCGUGAGGGUUCAGGCUAUUAAUAAAUCACCAUCUUAUAUCGAAGAAUAUCCUUGUUAUCAGCAUCUUCUGUGCUCUGCGGCAUUCAAACAAUCAAAACAAGAGUUACGAGACGAGAUCUCGCAUGGUGCUUAGAUGCAACACACCGUCACGUUUUAGGACCAAAUCCUAGGGCCAGUCUCGAGAGUGUUUAUGCCGUUUGUUUAUUGGACUGGAAGGCCAGAAACAUACUCUACACAAGUACAAAGAUGUGCAUAACUAAUGAGUCAGAUAUGCUAGCGUUCAAAAAAUUUGGGGUUGGUAAGAUUUUGCAUUGUCUCUUAUCUCACCAAGGCUGCAUUUAUUUGAUUAAAAAUACAGUAAAAAUUGUGGAAUAUUAUUACAAUGUAAAAUAGCUGUUCUCUUUUGUAAAAUAU